AUGGUGCACGGCUUUGUCAUCCACACGGUGGGGGCCGGUCCCGGCGAGGGCCCCGAGUUGUGCCGGGUUCUCUACUCUCACCUGUUCGGCUGUAACCUCCUGGAGGAGAGGCUGAGGGCGGAUGAGGUGGCCGUGGAGAAGGACAGAGCCAGGAGGAUGGAUCAGAUUGCCGUUGUGGCCAGGCAGACGGAGUCGAUGUGUCUUCUGAGGCGCCAAGUGUCCGGUCGGCCAGCCAGCGACUUUGUCAUCCAGUCAGUAGAUGAGCCUGUGACCCUCAAUGAGGAGGAGGUUGGGAUGUAUGGUCUGGGAGCGGGGGAUCCCUUCCCCCAUGAAAUGACGGUCCUCUGGAUGGGGGUAUUUUCCCUGGGUUUCUCCCUGAUCUGCGACUCCCUGGACAACCUGACCUUGGCGGAGAGCACCCUGAGGAUGCUGGUGAGGUAUCUGGUGGACGCCCUGAAGCUCCUCACCAACAGCACCAACGUCAUCCUUCGGGCAGACAAGAUCCACCUGAGUCUGGACAGAUUCAUCCCUCAGGGACACCUACUGUUCCUCAGCCACCAAGCCAGCCAGGCACUUGAGAAGGAGCUGAACAGUUCUAUGAUCCAGUAG